AUGUUUUCCAUCCCGCGGAGGUGGGGCGCCGGCAGCAACUACGAGCGGGUCCCGGAGGGGCCUGAGGCGCAGAAAUGCAAUCCGGAGAAAAGUGCUUCAUUCUUCAGUAGGAUGACAUAUUCCUGGUUUAGCAGAAUAAUUGUUUUAGGCUAUAAGAAACCUUUGGAAAGAGAGGAUCUUUUUGAACUAAAUGAAAGUGAUUCUUCCUAUAUUGUGUGUCCCAUCUUUGAAAAACAAUGGAGGAAGGAAGUUUUAAGGAAUCAAGAGAGGCAAGAAGUAAAGGCAUCCUUUCAUAAAGCACAUGCCAGGAAACCAUCUCUGGUCUAUGCAUUGUGGAACACCUUUAAGUUUGUCCUGAUUCAAGUUGCUUUAUUCAGAGUGUUUGCUGAUAUUUUGUCCUUCACUAGCCCACUCAUAAUGAAGCAAAUGAUCAUUUUCUGUGAACAUCGCCCAGAUUUUGGAUGGAGUGGCUAUGGUUAUGCUUUGGCACUUUUUGUUGUAGUCUUUUUGCAAACCUUGAUCCUUCAGCAAUACCAACGUUUUAACAUGCUCACUUCAGCAAAAAUUAAGACGGCCGUAAUUGGACUCAUCUACAAAAAGGCCCUACUUUUAUCUAAUGUUUCUCGAAAGAGGUUUUCAACUGGGGAAGUUAUUAACUUGAUGUCAGCAGAUGCCCAGCAGCUCAUGGACUUGACAGCAAACCUCAAUCUCCUCUGGUCAGCCCCUUUUCAGAUCCUGAUGGCCAUGUCACUCCUUUGGCAAGAGCUGGGUCCAGCUGUGUUAGCAGGGGUAGCAGUCCUUGUGUUUGUUAUACCAAUAAAUGCUUUAGCUGCAACUAGAGUAAAAAAGCUAAAGAAAAGCCAAACGAAGAACAAAGAUAAACAGAUAAAACUACUCAAUGAAAUCUUACAUGGAAUUAAGAUCCUCAAACUUUAUACAUGGGAGCCCUCCUAUAAAAAGAAGAUUAUUGAAAUUCGAGAGCAGGAAUUGGAAGUUCAAAAAUCAGCUGGGUAUCUUGCUGUAUUUUCUAUGCUGACAUUAACUUGCAUUCCAUUCUUGGUGUCCCUGGUGACAUUUGGCAUCUAUUUCUUAUUGGAUGAAGGAAACAUUUUAACAGCCACCAAAGUGUUCACAUCUAUGUCUUUGUUUAAUAUUUUGAGGCUUCCUUUGUUUGAUUUACCAAUGGUAAUCUCAGCUGUGGUCCAGACAAGAAUAUCAUUGAAUCGUUUGGAAGACUUUCUCAACACUGAGGAGCUUCAUCCUCAAAAUAUUGAAACAAACUACAUAGGAGAUCAUGCCAUUGGUUUUACAAAUGCUUCCUUCUCUUGGGAUAAAACAGGGAUUCCAGUACUAAAAAACUUGAACAUAAAGAUUCCAGAAGGAGCUUUAGUAGCUGUUGUAGGGCAGGUUGGAUCUGGAAAAUCAUCUGUGCUUUCUGCCAUUCUGGGGGAAAUGGAGAAACUUACAGGAGUUGUUCAAAGAAAGGGUUCUGUGGCUUAUGUUGCCCAGCAGGCCUGGAUUCAGAAUUGCAUUUUACAGGAAAACAUUCUCUUUGGCUCCAUCAUGCAGAAGCAGUUUUAUGAGCAAGUAUUGGAAGCCUGUGCCCUCCUUCCUGAUUUGGAGCAGUUACCAAAUGGAGAUCAAACUGAGAUUGGAGAAAGAGGUGUGAAUAUAAGUGGGGGCCAGAAGCACCGCGUAAGUCUGGCCAGAGCUGUGUAUAGUGGGGCUGACAUCUACCUCCUGGAUGAUCCCUUUGCUGCAGUUGAUGUCCAUGUUGGAAAGCAACUUUUUGAGAAAGUGAUUGGGUCCUCGGGUAUUUUGAAAAACAAGACUCGCAUUUUAGUGACACAUAACCUCACACUUCUGGCACAGAUGGAUCUGAUUGUUGUAAUGGAGAGUGGCAGAGUUGCACACAUGGGAACAUACCAGGAGCUGCUGUCGAAAACCAGAAACCUCACAAAUUUGCUUCAGGCCUUCAGUGAACGAGAAAAAGCUCAUGCUUUAAAGCGAGUCAGUGUAAUCAACUCCAGAACUAUACUGAAAGACCAAAUCUUGGAGCAAAAUGAUAGGCCCUCACUGGAUCAAGGAAAACAGUUCUCAAUGAAAAAAGAAAAGAUCCCUAUUGGUGGGAUGAAGUUCUCAAUCAUUCUGAAGUACCUCCAAGCCUUUGGCUGGCUCUGGGUGUGGCUGAGUGUGGCUGCUUACCUCGGGCAGAAUUUGGUGGGCAUUGGACAGAAUCUAUGGCUUAGUGCCUGGGUAAAAGAAGCAAAACACAAGAAUGAAUUCAGAGAAUGGAAGCAAAUAAAAAGCAAUAAACUUAACAUCUAUGGAUUACUGGGAUUAAUGCAAGGUCUCUUUGUCUGCUCUGGAGCCUAUAUACUCACCAGAGGAUCCCUGGCUGCGUCUCGAACUUUGCAUACUCAGCUAUUGGAUAAUGUGCUACACCUCCCGCUCAGGUUUUUUGAAACGAAUCCCAUAGGUCAGAUCAUCAAUCGGUUCACCAAGGACAUGUUUAUAAUUGAUAUACGUUUCCAUUACUACUUACGGACCUGGGUGAAUUGCACAUUGGAUGUUAUUGGAACAGUUUUGGUCAUUGGGGGAGCUUUACCACUCUUCAUUCUGGGGGUUAUUCCCUUGGUGUUCCUCUAUUUCACUAUACAGAGAUACUAUGUGGCGAGUUCUCGGCAGAUUCGGCGGUUGGCAGGAGCAUCUCGCUCUCCUAUCAUUUCACACUUUAGUGAGACUUUAUCAGGGGUGUCCACUAUCCGGGCAUUUGGACAUGAACAGAGGUUCAUCCAGCAAAACAAAGAGGUGGUGAAUGAGAACCUGGUCUGUUUCUACAAUAAUGUAAUUUCAAACAGGUGGCUGUCUGUUAGACUUGAAUUCCUUGGCAACUUAAUGGUAUUCUUUGCUGCACUGCUUACUGUGCUGGCUGGCAGUUCUAUAGAUUCAGCAAUAGUUGGUUUGUCCAUAUCCUAUGCCCUAAAUAUUACUCAAUCUCUGAAUUUUUGGGUGAGGAAAGCUUGUGAAAUUGAAACCAAUGCAGUUUCCAUUGAAAGAGUUUGUGAAUAUGAAAAUAUGGAUAAAGAGGCACCCUGGAUAAUGUCUAAAAGACCUCCAUCACAAUGGCCCGAUAAAGGGAUAGUGGAAUUUAUUAAUUAUCAGGCUCGAUACCGAGAUGAUCUUGGUUUAGCAUUACAAGAUAUCACUUUCCAGACUCAUGGUGAAGAAAAGAUUGGAAUUGUGGGACGGACUGGAGCAGGCAAAUCAACGCUUUCAAAUUGUCUAUUUAGAAUUGUGGAAAGAUCAGGAGGCAAAAUUAUUAUCGAUGGUAUUGACAUAUCCACUAUUGGACUUCAUGACCUUCGGGGCAAACUUAAUAUUAUUCCACAGGAUCCUGUUUUAUUUUCUGGUACCCUUCAAAUGAACCUGGAUCCCCUAGACAAGUAUUCCGAUAGCGAGCUGUGGGAGGUGCUAGAACUGUGUCACUUAAAAGAGUUUGUGCAGUCCCUUCCCAAGAAGCUGCUGCAUGAGAUUACAGAGGGAGGUGAAAACCUCAGCGUUGGACAAAGGCAGCUUGUCUGUCUUGCUCGUGCUUUGCUUCGAAAAACAAAAAUUCUCAUCUUGGAUGAGGCAACAGCCUCCAUUGAUUUUGAGACUGAUAACUUGGUGCAGACCACAAUCAGGAAAGAGUUCUCUGACUGUACCAUCCUGACGAUUGCUCAUAGACUGCACUCUAUCAUUGAUUCAGAUAGAUGA